GAUGUGAAAGUUUUAGAUCAAGGUCUUUAAAGAGAGACUAAAGUUAGGAAUGCGAGGUACUGAAGGAAUGCUAACGUAUGGGGAGUGGUUAAUCACCUGUUAGGACCGUAUCACUGAAGGAGUCUUUAGUAGUAAUGUCCUUACUCGAUGUUAAAUUAGUUAAUUGAUAUGAACGGAGAUACAUGUGGAAUUAACGCUUCAAAAAAUCUUAGCGGAAGGAUUUUAUGUUACGCUUUGAGUGUAAGCUACUCUCGAGCGUGGGUUUUCUAAUACGUGCUCAUUGCCAUCUAAAGCUAUGCUGAGGGAACGGUGUGCAGUCACCAGUAGGCUGAGAAAGUUUAAUUUGAGUCUACAUUGAACGAGUAUCUGUAGCUGAAAGCCGACUGGUUUUUGCUAGUUCUUCAAGUGACCUUGGGGUUUCUUAUUUCUUUGCUUUAUUGCUUCGCAAUAAAAGUAAUUGAACUUCAGAUAUCUGUCACGACUCCUUCAUUUGAGUAACCCGAGUUACUAAUCCUACUCAUCCCGGUGGAGCUCACCCCUCCCCACCCCCCGACAAGUGGCGUCAUGGACAGGAUAGACGACAGAGGAAGGACAGAAACCCCAUUGUCUGCAGGAAGGAAGCUUCGGACUGAUCUGAUGUGGAUGACUCUGAGUGACUGUUCCAAGCGAGGACGAGAUCACCAAGACGACGCCAGGCCUGAAGGACUGCUAAGGACUGAUUUACAGUUUGGUUGGUGUAGCGAUAGCAUCAGACCUGAGAGAGGACGUCAAGAGCUAGACUGAUCAGUAGGAAGCUUAAUUUGAGCUGAUUCGACAAACACCGGACUUUGAGUCUUUAACUAAGGGUAAAAGUUACAAGAGUUUUGUAAGUGCAUGUACUUGUAUAUUUACUGAUGCUCUAGAUAUUGACUUGUACAUAUACUUACCUUCUUUUUCCCUUGUGUGAAAAGCAGCCUUUGUAACGAUGGCGGAUGUAACUCAAGUGAUUUCAGCUCUCACUGAGGCACUUCAAGGACUGAGUGUUCAGCACACACCGCCUCCAGUGAGACUGAGUAAGUUUAGGGGUCCACCGAAAGCUGCCGGAGACCUUGCUUUACAAGAAUGGAGUGAUGAGUUCAGGAGUUACGCCACUCAUUAUCGGCUGACUGGAGAAGCGAAGGCUCAAGCACUCAUUGACAACUUGGCUGGAGUAGCGAAGGAGGAAAUCCUGUGUCGAGAAUAUUCAGUACGUAAGGAUAGUGAGCAGAUUAUCAAGGUAUUGAAGUCUUUGUUCUCGCCUAUUGAGUCGGUUCCCUCCAUCAGCCAGGCCUUCCACAAUCGCGAUCAACAAGAUGGAGAAAGCCUAGCAGAUUUUAGCCGUGCUUUGAUGAGGCUUUACGAUCGAAUGGAGAAGGCAGCUGGAGAUAAAGAAGAUAGGAAUGCCAUGAAGCGGCUUAAGGACAGUUCGCUCAAGGAGCGAUUCGUACGUGGGGCAAAGGAGAAGUGGAUUCAUCGCGAGCUGCGUAGAAUAGAAAUGGCCUCGAAGACGAAGACCUUUCUUGAGAUGAGGACAGAAGUUCUAGAGUUCUUUGCUGGUGAGGAGCCUCUUCGCAAGCCGAAAGUACAUGAUCUUGAGGUGUACGCCCAGAGUGCCGACAUAAGUUCUCAAGCAAAGCGUCAAGAGGAGUAUAGUCUUAGAACUGAGUUAGCUGAUCUGAAGAAUGAUGUAGCCCUACUCACAAAGAGUGUCCAAGAGCUGGUCAAGGAGAAAUUGACUCAUGGUCAACAUGCUCCGGUAACACAGAGGAAGGCUCGGAGGAAUAAGUGCUAUAAUUGCGGAGAAGUUGGACACUCUCGUCAGGAUUGUAAGAAUGAAUGCAUCUGCUAUAGCUGCAAGGGUAGAGGACACUUUGCGAGAGAUUGUCCUGCAAAGAUGGCGCAAGAGACAUCCAUCCCGGCAGCCAAGAAUGUUCGUGCUCCUUUGACUGCAAAGACUGAGCUACUGGGUCGGCUGGUUGCGCCCUGUCCAUGCAGUGAGGUACAGAUUGCUGGCUUGGAGAUUGGGUGUAUUUUGGACUCUGGAGCACAAGCAUCAAUAAUCCCUGCUUCCGUGUACGAUCGAUUUUUGAAGGAUAAGCUUGGUGAGCCUCAGCAAGCGGAUGGUCUCUUUUUGCAUGUUCAAGGAGUAGGAGAUAUAGAGGUACUGAUUGAAGGAUUCAUAGAGGUACCGAUAUCAAUACUUGGACAGAAGUUGCAAGGGAGUUUCCUGGUGGUUGCAGACCGUGCUCGUCCCGUCGAUGAUGCUGAAUACCCUAUCUUGGUAGGCUGCAACAUCCUUGAUCGUCUCAAGAAUGAAUCGCUUCUUCCUACUGUAAGAUUGGCGAUGUUACAGAAGAGGAAAGAGAGUCAAGAGCAAGUACCAAUUUCAGCGAGUUUGAUUAGAAUACAUACCAAAGGGAGUGAAGUGAUACCCCCUUUUUCGGUUCGAAGAGUAAGUUGUGAUGUAGCUGGGAGUAGUUUGUCAAGCAGUGACAUUAUAAUCUGCCCGACAUCAGACAACAGGGAGACUACUGUGCAAGUCUAUGAGGGAUAUCAUCAAGUUGAGGAUGGAGCUUCUCUGGAUGUACUACUGGCGAAUAACAGUAGUAGGGAACUACACAUCCCCCCUUCGACGGUAGUUGCCGAGGCCUCAUCGGGGGCAAGAAAGGCUGAAGUUGUACUGGAUAUUCAGGAUGAUAGUAUAACUCCUUCAUUUGAGUAA